AAAACUAAGAUGGCGGCUUCCACGCGGUGCUGCUGUCUGCUGCAGACAUCCCUUCGUCAUGCUCUAAAGCGGCCUAGUGUGGCCAAGAGCUGUUUGCCAAUUUAUCAGAUAGCAAGAAGAAGCUACACGAUUCAAAGGGCGAAUCAAGCUAUACAGAUGCGUCCUUCUGUUCUGGGCAUCAGACAGCUGCCUGGAACAGGCAAGCCAUUUUUGAGCCAGUGCAGUCUGAGCACAGAAUCUGAGACCACAGUGCAGGAAACAGAAGAGUAUCACACAAUAAUAAAGAACACAGAACAAGGCAAAGGUCCCACAGAUAAGCAUGAGUUCCAGGCAGAGACCAGGAAGCUGCUGGACAUUGUAGCCAAGUCCCUGUACUCUGACAAGGAGGUGUUUAUUCGGGAGCUGAUCUCAAAUGCCAGUGACGCGCUGGAAAGGCUCCGGUACUUGCAAUUAAAAGGUGAAAUUGCUGGAGAUGAGAAAACAACCCUGGAGAUUCAUAUUGCCACCGAUGAUGUCAAAAAGACUUUUACCAUACAGGACACAGGCAUAGGACUGACUCGGAAUGAGCUGAUUGACAAUCUCGGGACUAUCGCCAAGUCAGGAUCAAAAGCAUUUCUGGAACACUUGAAGGAAGAGUCAGCAGGAGAUGUUGGUAGGACCCUGAUCGGUCAGUUUGGUGUUGGGUUUUAUUCCACCUUUAUGGUUGGUGACACUGUUGAAGUCUACACUCGUUCAUACCAUGCAAACUCUCCAGGCCUGAAGUGGACAUCUGAUGGAUCUGGAACAUAUGAGGUGAGCGAGGCUGAUGGUGUUCAACGUGGAACCAAGAUUGUUGUACAUCUCAAGGGCGAUUGCUAUGAUUUUGCCAAGGAGGAUGUCAUUUCUGGUGUGGUAAAGCGAUACAGCAAUUUUGUUGGAGUACCCAUCUACCUUAAUGGUCAUCGUGUCAAUAUCCUACAGGCACUGUGGAUGACAGACCCACGUGAUGUUACCGAGACAAUGCAUGAGGAGUUCUAUCGUUUCAUUGCCAAUGCUUAUGACAAGCCCCGCUAUCAUUUUCACUAUAAGACGGAUGCCCCCCUCAACAUCAGAGCCCUGUUUUAUGUGCCAGAAUACAAACCCACUCUUUUUGACAUGAGCCGCGAGACAGACUCAGGGCUGACACUCUACAGCCGCAGAGUCAUGAUAAUGGCAAAAGCCAACAAUAUUUUGCCCAAGUGGAUGCGUUUCAUUAGAGGUGUGGUGGACAGUGAGGACAUUCCUCUUAACUUGAGCCGAGAGCUUCUGCAGGAAAGUGCACUCAUCAGAAAGCUGCGUGAAGUUUUGACCAAUCGAGUUCUCAGGUUUUUUGCUGACCAGGCCAAAAAAGAGCCAGAAAAAUACAUGUCAUUUUACGAUGACUAUGGUCUCUUUUUUAGGGAAGGCAUUGUUACCACAGCAGAUCAGAAUCAGCGGGAAGCUGUAGCAAAACUUUUGAGAUUUGAAUCCUCAAAGUCCAGUUCUGGAGAACGUAUCAGCCUGGAUGAUUAUGCCAGCAGGAUGAAAGCUGGAGAACGCAAUAUCUACUUUCUGGCAGCUCCAAGUCGGCAUUUAGCAGAGACAUCACCUUACUAUGAGGCAUUUCGCAAACGUGACAUCGAAGUCCUCUUUCUAUAUGAGGCAUAUGAUGAACUGGUGCUGAUGAACCUGGCUCAAUAUGAUCGGAAAAACCUACGCUCCAUUGAAAAUGAACUGCAUGACGAUAAAGAAAACACAGACACAGUAGAUACUUCAGACCUUCAUAGUCUCAGUAAGGAGGAUGCUGAAUCCUUGAAGGACUGGCUAAAAGGCGUGUUGCUCAACCGAGUCAACAACAUCAAGAUGACCAGACGACUAGAGAGUCAUCCCUGUGUUAUUACAGUGCAGGAAAUGGGGGCAGCACGACACUUCUUGCGCACAACCCUAGCAGACAAAAGCCAGGAGGAAAGGCUGCGUCUCUUGCAGCCAACAUUGGAACUGAAUCCAAGUCAUUCCCUUGUGAAGAAGCUAAGCAAGUUAAAGAGUUCAGAUCCUCAGCUGGCAGAAAUGCUGGCACAACAGUUGUAUGAAAAUGCCAUGAUCAAUGCGGGUCUCAUCGAAGACGCUCGUCUGGGCAUGGAGCGACUGCACCAUCUCUUAGACCGAGCAUUGGAGAGCGUAGCCAACAAGUAGCCUUGCUUCAUUGACUGAAUGAGAACUCCAGCAGGGCGAUUUCCAAGUGAUUUCCCUUGACUCAGCAGCCAAGUGAGAAUCAAGAUGGCACAGAAAAUGACUCACUUUUCACGUUACAGAAAUCACUCAUCAGAAUCUGCUGGAAUGAAGAUGUACAUAGAGAAUAAAACCAUAUUGCAUGCAAUUAAUUAGGUUGUUUUCAUGAGAUAGUGUAUGGACAAGUCUAUUGACCUAAUAAAUCACAGUUCGCAAUGA